AAAGUGCUGCCAACACAUCGUGCGCAURACAUCUUCUCCAUCACAUCUUCUCAAGUGUCUGCGCAGAGAAAGCAAUGUCCCCCUCUCCUCACGCCGCCACUGAUACGCGAGAGGGAGACUGAUGYUUGGACGUCCGGUGCUUAUCUUUAUAACCCUCCCCAGCAGACAUGCGAGUUGCGUGUCUGUGGCUCUCCAUCACCUAUUUGGCCACCAGCCUCGACGGGUUGGGGGCACGGGAAUACAACAACUCAACCAUUUUCGGCGGGGGUCUCUUUGUGGAUGCAGAAGGGCUGCUGAACCUGUCAGACCCGUACACGCCCAACCUGACAAAUGUCUUCUCGCUUGACCUGGACGAGGGCACGCUCGCGGACUGGCGCUCCAUGGCAGUUAAAAAUUGCUACGGUGGAGAGUCCCAUGACCGGACAGUGAAAUCCCUGCUGGUCCUGGCUUACUCGUUCAUCAUUGUCAUCUCGCUGUUCGGAAACACGCUGGUGUGUCACGUGGUGAUCCAGAACAAGCGGAUGCACUCCGCCACGAGCCUGUUCAUCAUUAACCUCGCGGUGGCAGACAUUCUCAUCACGCUGCUCAACAUGCCCUUUACUUUGAUCCGUUUUGUGAAUAGCAGCUGGUGGUUCGGGAAGGGAAUGUGCCACAUCAGCCGGUUCGUCCAGUAUUGCUCCCUGCACGUAUCCACACUCACGCUCACGGCAAUCGCGCUGGACAGACGCCAGGUCAUUCUCCACCCUCUGAGGCCCCGCAUGUCCCCGACUCGCGGCGUUGUGUGUGUGAUUCUCAUCUGGGUCCUGGCCAGCUGCUUCUCCUUGCCUCAUGCCAUCUACCAGAAGCUCCUAACCUUCGUGUACAGUAAGGAGAAGGUGCGCAGCCUUUGUGUCCCCGACUUCCCCGAGCCCUCUGACGUCUACUGGCAGUGCAUUGACCUCCUCACCUUCAUCCUCCUCUACGUCCUACCCCUCCUCAUCAUCACCGCCGCCUACUCAACCGUGGCACGCCGCCUGUGGCGCCGUAACGCUAUCGGGGACACCACCACUGCGCAGUUCGCUGUGCAGCGGCGGAAGCGGCGGCGCACCCUGGCUAUGUUGUUGGUGGUUGUUGGGGUGUUCGCGGUAUGCUGGUUCCCUCUGAACUGCUACGUGGUGCUUCUCUCCAGCCAGGCCAUUCAGUCAUCCAAUGCCUUGUAUUUCUGUUUUCAUUGGCUGGCGAUGAGCUCGACGUGUUACAAUCCCUUCAUCUACUGUUGCCUGAACCCCGCCUUCCGCCAGGAGCUAAGGCUGCUAUUGGGCAUGUGCCGGAGGAGGGGGCGUGGAGGGUUGGGGCCGGUGCUGGUGSCUCCACCCUCCUGCGCACUCUGCCACAGAGCCGCCUGGCCGGAGAGCCGCACCUGUUCUCGACCGAGUCACGCCUCUUCACACCCAGGCCGCGCCUCCUCUCGGCCAAGCCACUCCUCGUCCUUUCACCAGCCUCCUAAAGACAGGCAUGUCCUUUUCUCUGCUAGACAUGCCAAAAAAACAGACAUCCUAUCAGUGGAGCCUAUAGUAGCUGUCAGUUAACUACAACUACCAGAAUGCACUUGGGUUGGGAUUGAGUGAAUGAUUGAGUUUAUUUGACAAUUAAAGACAUGUAAAGUUGCUACAUUUGGUGGUGAGUCCUGUUGAAGGACUACGUUAUCUGCUAAAGACGGUUGGGGCUCUAGAACAGGAAAUGUAUCAUCUUUUAACUUUCAUGACAGCGCCACCUUCGGGAAGAAAGGUCUCACAUGGAUGGGAACAGGGUGUGGUGAGGUCUGGCAACAAAUGCAACACCCAAACYAACAACUACUCUGUUAGCACAUAUUGUAUACACUGAGUGUACAAAACAUUAAGGACAGCUUCCUAAUAUUGAGUUG